AAGCAUAAAGUUCACGUAGAGAGCUCGGGUUAGCAACCGCACGUGUGGAGCGAGAGCAUAAGAGGGGACUCUCCCCACACCUCCCCGUGCUCACCGUAGAGGAAGCCUGCGCAAGCGAGCGAGGUCUGACAGCGGCAACCCAGCUGAGGCGGGUCGAGAGGAGGAGCUGUACGAGAGGGAGGAGGAAGAAGAAUUUAGAUUGGCGAUGCCGGGGAGCGUGGCUCCGUUGGAUCUGGCGGGGGUGACGGUACCGCACCAUUUCCGGUGCCCGAUCUCGCUAGAGCUGAUGCGGGAUCCGGUGACGGUGUGCACGGGGCAGACGUAUGACCGGGAGAGCAUCGAGUCGUGGGUGGCUACGGGGAGCACCACGUGCCCCGUCACCCGCGCUCGGCUCGCGGACUUCACCCUCAUCCCCAACCACACCCUCCGCCGCCUCAUCCAGGACUGGUGCGUCGCCCACCGCUCCCUCGGGGUGGAACGCAUCCCCACCCCCAAGCAGCCCGCCGACCCAGCCCUCAUCCGGUCGCUCGUCGCGGCCGCCCGCUCUCAAGGCGGCGCGGCAGCCUCGCGCGUCGCUGCGCUCCGCCGGCUCGGUUCACUGGUGCGGGAGUCGGAGAAGAAUCGGGUAGUGAUCUCGACUGACGAGACCCGCUCGGCCCUCGUCGAGAUAGCGUUCGAGGGAGAGGAAUCUGGGUACCCGGACGCGGACCAGCCAGCAAUGGAUGCAAUGGCGGUGUUGUCGAUGCUUUCGAUGACGGAGGCCGAGAGCGCGGGGGUGGCGGCGAGACCAGAGCGGUUGCGCCGGCUGGGAGAGGUGGUAAGGGGGCACCCGUCGACGGAGGCUCGGAUCAACGCGGCGACGGUGAUCGAGGCGGUGGCUGCGGGGGCCCGGUCGGCGGAGACGCGAGCGGCGGUCGGUGGAACGGAGGGAGUGAUGGAGGGCUUGGUGGAGCUCGUGGCGCAACGUGGGAACGGGCGGGCGGGGCGAGUGGGGAUCCGGGGUGUGUUCGCCCUGUGCCUGGCGAAGGAGAACCGGGGGCGCGCGUUGGCAGCUGGGGCAGCCGCGGCGGUAGUCGGGAGGGUGGCCGAGCUGGCGUCAAGCGACGUGGAACGAGCGCUGGCGACGGUGGAGCUACUGUGCCGGGAGGACGGUGGCAGGGACGCGGUGGUGGCGGGAUGGGGGGGAGGCGCGGUGGCAGUGGCGGCACUGGUGAGGGUGAUGGCCGGGAAGGCGUCAGGGAGGGCGGCGGAGCACGCUGCGGCUGUGCUGGUGGCGGUGCUGGGGGGGUCAGAGGCUCUACACGCGGAGGCGGUGGCGGCCGGCGUGGUGGCCCAUCUGCUGCUGAUGGUGCAAGGCGGGUGCUCGGAGAGGGCAAAGAGGAAAGCGCAGCUCCUCCUAAAGCUCUUCCGCUCGGCAUGGCCACGACACGACACCAUCUCCAACUCCGACGACUUCCUCCAGCCAUUCUAAAAGUUCCCACAUUCUCUCUUUCUCUCUCUCUAACCUGUCGAACUCUUCUCUUCCAUUUAGAAAGCAAGUCGAUAGAUUUCCAUGUCCCCUUCCUCCUGAAAAGACGUCGAACGAAGAAAGGAGUGAUAUGGGAUGGGAGACUUAUGGUUGUGACGUAUGGAGAUAAAACCACCAUCUGUUUUGGUUGUCGGAUGGGAGUGUAAGUAUGGAUUUUGGAUUGAAAUGGAUGGGUCGAUACCGCAAUUUCCGUUA